GCCAACACACACAUUAUUGUUGUAUCAACAACAAUAUUUAUAUUUCAAAUCUAAUCAACAAAUUUGUUUAUUUACAACAGUCUGACUAUUUGAUGAUGAAGAAUUAAUUAAUUUAUUGUCAUUAUAGUUGCUGAAACAAAUACAUUUCUGAUCAUUCUGUGAAAUUCGUUUGUAGUCGUGGCUAUAGUUCAAUUUUCAAUUCAUCAUUCAUACUCCUGGAAUGAAUAACCUUGAUUGUUGCAUCUUAUUAUUCUAUACUACCUACAAUCAUUUUAUCUAAAAUAACUGUUAAUGCAAAUGUUUCGAUAUUUUUAUAUAAAUUCAAUUUGACGAAUUGGAUUUUAAAUUGAUGAACCAAACAUGGAUCAAAAACGAUCCACAUCCUCACCGUCUAUUUCGAAGGAAUUCGAAUCAUCAUCAUCUUUAGAAAUGUCUAUUCAGCUAACAGAUAGAAAUUUACUUGAUUUUCCAAAUGAAAUUCUUCAUGAAAUUUUCAAAUUUAUUUCAUUUGAACAGAUCUCCAAAAUGCGUAUUGUUUGUCAUCGUUUUAAUCGUGUUUGUUCCGAUUUAUUAAAUAAGGAAUUUAAUUCACUUCUUAACUUUACACAACAAUUUUUUCAAACUGUUAAAAGUCAAAUGCCACGAAGAGAAUCGGCUCGUCGUAAACAUGCUCUUGCUCGCGAAUAUGAUAUAAUUGAAACAUUAAACAUGCGAUUAACAUUAUUACAAAUGACAUUCAGCAAGCACAUUAAACGUAAACAAUGUUGUUUUUUUCCAGGCGAAAUUAUCGAUGAAGUUUAUCGAAUUCUUAACUAUAUUAAACAUACGCCUGUCGUAAAUCGCGCAUACAAAGUAACGGAUGAAUUAUUCGACCUAUCAACAAUGGCCAUGGAAUAUUUUAAAGAAUUUAUCGAACCAAAAUUGCCUGAUGUAAAUUAUCUUAUUCUUGAUUAUGAACCAUAUCCCAAUCUUUCAUCAUCAUUGUCUUCAUUGGAAAAAGGUAUUAGCAGUAGUAAUAAUUGUUAUAAUGGCAAUAGCUCUAAAGCUACACGAUUGAAGCCAAUAUUUGAAUCAUCAAUGGGAAAUAAUAGUAAUAAUCGAAAUAAACAAGCUAUUGAUAAUUCAAAACUAAUACGAUUAAGCGAUGAUAAAAGUAAAAAAGAAUCAUUUGUUUCUUUAGAUUCAUUUGUCAAAAGUGCAACUAUACGAUUGAAACGUUUGGAAAAAUCCAACACAGAACAUAAUAAAAUGUCUCGAACAAUAAAAUCGUCAAUGGAAUCAUCUAAACGUAAAUUCUGUGAAUAUCAAAAACAAUUACGAAAACAUCAAACACAUCUAGACGAAUUGGAUCGUAAACUAGAAGGAUUCAAUUCAAAAUUCAAUCAAAUUUUAGAAGAUUUGAGCAAAAUAAAAGAAAUUAUACAAAAACAGACAACAAGUUCUUUCAAUGAAGCUUCUACCCAAACUGACGAACAGCCUGUUAUUGGAGAUUCUUUGGAUUGUGACAUACAACAACCUCGACGAAAACGGCAAAAAAUAUCCGAUUAAAACUUCAUCGUAUUAGUCAUCAAUAUUUCUACCGAGUGAAGUCAAAAUGACUUUGUUGAUUUUUAAACUAAAAAUUUUCUUAGAGCAUUUUCUUUUUUUUCUU